UAUAUGGCCCACGCACACAUGCAUAUCGUAUUUAAUAAGUACUUUCCUAAACACACCUCAGUCUUCAAUAAAUCGUAGAACAAGCAACACUCAUUUGUAUUAUUUCGAAAAAACAGCAAGAUCCAAAAUCAACCUUAUUACAAUCAACAUAUGGUCCAUACCGAACCGGAUAGCAACGAAGAAGUCUGCGAGUUCGCCGGCGAACGAGAACAAAAGGACUGCAUUCCAGAGCGAUAAGGCGGCCGGCGGACUGUUUUUUCAUAGUGAACAUUUUGUGAUCUUUGCAUUUACUUUGCAAUACUUUGAUCUUUGCAUUUACUUUGCAAUUAAAUAGCAAGUUAUAAAGUGAAUAGACACGAAACAUUUGAGUGCAACUAAUUAACAUUAAGAUUGAACUUUUUCGCCGUUUAUAUAAGGAUAUUUACGUGAAAUUUGGUGAAACAAAAUGUCAAAUAUGGAACAAUUAAUAAGUGUGUUACAAGAUACGGCAACUAUAUUACAAAAAACUCAAACAAAUCUCAAGAAAUGUCCUAAAGCACGACUUACAAAGGGGUAUCUCGAGUCGCGAUUAAAAAGCAUAGAACAUUACUGGAGUAUAUUUCAAAGUGCGCAUCAAGACCUUCUUAAGUGUACACCGACGGACAAGCGAAUGGAUAUACCUUAUUUGGUUAAUGAAGAUUACUACAUUUAUGAAGACUUGUACUUCUGCUUAAGUGGCGAUAUAAAAGACAUGUUAUCAUCAUUUUCGAGUGGUAAAUGCAAUCAUACUGCCAGUACUGCCACUGACAGUGCUAUAACUGGAGAUAAAGUGAAGUUACCUCGCGUACAGCCACCAGUUUUCAGCGGCAGUUAUGAAGAUUGGCCAACGUUUCAAGACAUAUUUGAGUCACUUAUACACAACAACAGCUCGUUAAGCGACGUCGUGAAGUUCCAUUUUUUGAAAAAUAGUGUCAGUGGCGAAGCACAAGCUUUACUUAAGAACAUACAAGUAACAGACGCUAAUUACGAAGAAGCUUGGAAGACUUUAAAGAAUCGUUACGGAAACAAAAGAAUAAUUGUUAAUGCUAUUAUGAAAAGAUUAUUUUCGCAGAAAAAGAUAUACUCGCAAACUUCUAACCAAAUCAAAUCACUUUUAGACACAACUACGGAGUGUUUGAACAGUCUAAGCAACCUUAAGGUAUCAGUUGAAUCCUGGGAUCCUAUGAUAGUGCAUUUGAUUGUGUUGAAACUUGACACAGAGACUCACAAGGACUGGGAAGAAUAUUCCUUUAAGAGUACACCGGAUGACUUACCUAAGUGGUCUGAAUUGAGGACUUUUCUUGAAACCAAAUUCCGUACUUUGGAAUUUAUUCACCAGACUACUUCGGCCGCUCCUUCAGUUUCUCGACCGGCUACGCAGAAAACCUUUCAUUUGACUUCGCCAGCUCCUUCUAAUGAACAAAGUAGCUUGAAUACAACACCACCGGCGACUUCAAGUAGAACGUGCAUCAAGUGUAAUGAUAAUCACACGCUGAGUCACUGUAAGGAUUUUGCCAAUAUGGACGUAACUGAAAGAACUGACUACGUGAAAACAAACAAUUUAUGUUAUAACUGCCUACUCAGCGGCCACUCCGUGUUCAAGUGUCGUUUACCAACAUCCUGCCAAAUCUGUCAUAGACGUCAUCACUCUCUACUACACCAUACAAAGAACGAAACUAUAAAGGCACAUCUUAGUCAGAUGGAAGAAAAUAAGGAUGAUGACGUACCAAAAGAAGUAGAAGAUGAUAUCACUGUAGCAACGCACUUCAUUGCUCAAAAUUCAGAUGCUUUAUUAGCUACAGCGCUUGUCCUAGUAAAGGGUGAGAAGGGGCAAGUGCUCACACUGCGGGCUUUGAUUGAUCAGGGUUCCGAAGCGAACUUCAUCACGGAGCGAGCCGUGCAAAUGAUGAAACUACACAAGACACCUGUCAGGGGUUCAGCCACGGGACUCGAAUCAACUAAGACCUCAGUGAACAGUAUGGUACAGUGUGAGCUUCAGUCAAGAUUUGACACUGAUUUCAACCUAAACAUCAAUGCAUUUGUCUUAUCUACUCGAGUAACCGCUGAACUCCCAUCAAAAGCACACACCAAGACUCACCACGCUUGGCAGCACCUUAAUGGACUCGAUCUGGCAGACCCGAACUACCAUCAACCAGGUCGAGUAGACAUGCUUCUAGGCGUUAAGGUCUAUGCAAAAAUUUUAAUUAAUGGCUUAAUCAAAGGUCCUCCAGGCUCACCAUGUACACAAAAUACAAGCCUUGGAUGGAUUGUAUUCGGAGACGCUGAAGGCAAUUCUUCAAAAAAUAUUGUUGUCAUGCAUCAGAAACUCGACUUAGACCUUCUGGUAAAAAACAUGUGGGAACUGGAUUCAGCAAAAAAACCAGAACUUACAGCAGAUGAGAAACUUUGUGAAUCUAUUUAUGCAAAUACAACUACCAGAACAAAAGAAGGAAGAUAUGUAGUGAAACUUCCCACAAGAACAGAGAAAAUAAUGUCAACAGAAGGAGAAACAAAAGACAUAGCACUGAGAAGAUUCAAACAACUAGAACGAAAAUUCGAAAAGGACGAAAAAUUCAAAAAGGAAUACACCAAAGUCAUAGAAGAGUAUUCAACAUUGAAGCACAUGGAAGAAGUUCCAGACACUGAAAUAGAAGCCCCAUCAGUAUAUCUCCCACAUCAUGCUGUGAUUAGGAACGACAAGGACACAUCUAAAGUGAGAGCUGUGUUUGAUGCUUCAUCUAAAGGCAUAAACAAUAUUUCACUCAAUGAAGAGCUACUGGUGGGUCCACAGCUUCAAGAAGAUUUAAGGAACAUAAUCAUGAGAUGGCGUAUGAAGAAAAUCUGCUUCGUUGCAGACAUACAGAAAAUGUAUCGUCAAAUUUUGGUUACAAAACAAGAUGCAGAUCUGCAGCGUAUUCUUUGGCGCAAAUGUGCAGCAGACCCUAUUAAAGAAUACCGCCUGCUUCGUGUCACGUUUGGUACAGCAUCUGCGCCAUACUUAGCUGUGAAAACGUUACAAAGGGUCGCAGACGACGAAGGAAAACACCAUCCAGUAGCUGCAAAAACGAUUAAAGAAGAUUUCUACAUGGAUGACCUCAUGUCGGGCCAAGAUAACACAGAAGACGCUGUAGAUGUAGCCAAAAAUAUUGCAAAUAUUCUGAAAAACGGAGGAUUUGAUUUGCAGAAAUGGUCGUCUAAUAGCACCAGCUUUUUAAAGCAAUUCCCACCGGAUGAGAGAAACUGUAAUGUAAACAUGAAUAUCAACCUAGACGGAACUGUACGUGCACUGGGUAUCACUUGGAACAUGGGUGAAGACAGUUUUCCGUACAAACUUGAACUACCCCAGCAACCGAUAACUAUUACAAAGAGAAACAUACUAGCAGAAACGCAAAAACUGUUCGAUCCUUUGGGAUGGCUGGCACCAAGCAUAAUUCAAGCCAAGAUGCUUAUCCAGAAACUUUGGCUGCACCGAUCGAGUUGGGAUGAUGAAGUAGAACCUGAAAUAAAAGAAGAAUGGUUAAACAUAAGACACAAUUUUGAAAACUUAAGGGACGUCAAUAUACCAAGAUGGCUGCACACAACUAAACUAAGACUAGAUAAAACUACGAUACAUGGAUUUUCUGAUGCGUCUACAAAGGCUUAUGCAGCUGUCGCUUAUUUGAGAGUAGAAACUGAAGAAGGUGAAAUCAAGACGAAUAUCAUAGCUGCUAAAGUCCGUGUAAGUCCAGUGAAGCCAGUAUCUUUGCCUCGAUUAGAACUGUGUGGCGCUGCGCUGCUGGCAAAGCUGCUUAAACAAAUUAGAGAAGCCAUGAGAAUCCCUGAAAGCCAAGUGUUCGCAUGGACUGACUCAACAAUAGUUUUGUCGUGGUUAAAAGGAGACCCUAACCGGUGGCAAACCUUCGUCAGGAAUCGCGUGGUGUCCAUUCUCGAUGAUAUUGGCGACAAAUGGUAUCAUGUAACAUCCCAAUCGAACCCUGCGGAUAUUGCGUCACGUGGUUCCCCGCUACCAGAACUCAUCUCACAUCAUUUAUGGUGGAACGGGCCAGAAUGGCUAAAAACACAUGACAUUCCAUUUAAUAAAUCAGACGCCACGACAGACUUGGAAAUGAAACGAACCUUUCACACCAGCUUGAAGGUACAAGAGGAAGAUAAUCAUUCAAUUAUAAGUCAGUUUGACGAUUUUGAUGAUUUACAAGAACUUGUUAACACAAUUACGUACUGCAAACGCUUUUUAAAUUACAAGAAAAUUACCCCGAACCCUACAUUCACAACAGAAGAGUUACAAAAUUCAUUGAUGACUUGCAUUAAAUUGGUACAACAACAAGCAUUUGAUGAUGACAUAACCAGACUACAAAAUAACAAAAAUGUAAGAUGUGACAGUAAAUUGAAAUCAUUGAAUCCUUACCUGGAUGAAGUUAAUAUACUCAGGGUGGGCGGUCGUCUUAAACACGCAAAUCUGAGCAAAGAUAGCAAGAAUCCUAUUAUUCUGGACAUCGAUGUUUCAGAAUAG